AGUUUUUUUUUUUUUAACUCAUCCAGGACAUUAAAGUAUCAUAUUAUAUAGUUAUAGUUUAGUAUUUUAAACACCAUAACAUUUUUUUGGGGGAGGGACCAGGUCCAUGAUUUCAUCUGGGUUGUUGAAGAACCUUUUUUUUUUUUGGCUAGGCAAAUGGGCAUCUGAUAUACAUCCAUUGACUUAGAGAGUUGCCUUUGGCAGUAAAUGGUUAAUGUUACUUCCGCAGAAAAAUCUGGACUAAUAAUGUAAAUAAUAAUGAGGCCUGCUAAACCAUAACCCUAAGGCUUCAUGUUGACUUAGAAAUCUACAAACUAACAUAAUCUAUAUUCUAUUGUGUGUGGUUUUUUUUUAUUGUUCUUAAAUAUUUCCCAAUUACAUUUUAAUCUGAUUCAAACCAUAUUUAGAAGUGUCAUUGAUAGUGGUAUAUUACAUGUCACAGCUAGUAUUUGGACCUAGAUCUUUCUGAUUUUGAGGCUAUCUCUUUAUCUGCUAUGCUAUGCUGGUCUUCAAGGACUACUGUUACUGAUAAAUUUCAAACAAUGUAUAGAGUUUCAUAAGAAAAAUCAUCUGCUGUAUCACAGGGAGAAUGAAGAGUUCACUGAUGAAUUGCAAUACGGAGAGCUCCGAGAUGGAAAAAGAGAUCAAGAAAAGGGAAAGAAGGAAGGAAAGGAGAAAAGAGGGAAGGGAAGAAGGAAGGGAAGAAAGAGUAAAGGGAAAGGAGGAAAGAAGGAUGGUAAAAGGAAAAAAGAAAGGAAGAAGAGAGAGAAAAAGAAGGAAAAAAGCAAAGGAAGUAAGAGAGAGAGAAAGGAAGAAAGAAAGGAAGGGAGGGAGAUAAGGAAGAAGGAAGGAAAGAAGGUUCUGAUUUGGCAUAAAGUAUCAUAGAUUUGGGUAACAAUGUUAUAAUCAUUUAGGUUGAGCAAAAUAGAGGAACAGAUGACCUCUUUAGGUUAAUUCUUCUACUAUGAUUCUUUGAAAUUAGAGUCUGCACAAACUAUAUCAGGUAAUCACUCAUGUAACUAGGAAAAAAUCUAGCUGAAAAACUGCAGUUCUUUCAUUGCAGUUUCUGCAUCUGUUAAUCAGCAUAGUGGUAAGUUUAUCAAAAGUUAAUAACUUUAUUCUCCCCCAAAUAAUGCUACAUGUUUCUCUUUGCAGAAUGAUUUGGCUUUAUCAAGUGAUUCAUUUCACGGUUUUAUUUGCUUUGGUUUCAAAUGAAUGUAUGACUCAGCUGUAUAAUGACAAAUACUUUCAGGGUGGAGAUGUGGCUACCAUUUUUACACCUACUGCCAAGUAUUGCCAAAUAGUGUGUACUUAUCAUCCAAGGUGUUUGCUCUUCAGCUUUCUGCCUUCAAGAUCAACAAAAGAUACCAGUAAAUGGUUUGCAUGCCUCCUGAAAGACAGUGUGACAGAGACAUUGCCAACAGUGAACAUGACAGGAGCAAUCUCUGGAUAUUCCUUUAAACAAUGUCAACACCAAAUAAGUGCUUGCCACACAGAUAUCUACAUAGGAUUUGAUAUGAGAGGAAUGAACUACAAGUCAUUUGUUACCAUGAAUGUUCAAGAAUGUGAAGACAGAUGUACCAAUGAUGCCCACUGUCACUUUUUUACCUAUGCCACGCAGACGUUUCAUAGUGAGGCCCAUCGGUGAGUGGUCUAACCAAGUCUAGAGGUUCCCCAAAAGCAUGAGUAGAAAAUGAAAUAUCUGUUGACUCAUGGUGUGGUACAAAGUACAUCAGCAUGAGAUAGUAUAAGAGACCUGAA